CCGCCCAACUUAAGGCAAAACAUAAGCAGCUUUCUCUUCACUUCACCUUGCAACCCCAUCUCAACAUCAAAUCCAAUGGAAAAGUGCGAUGAGUUUUUAAAACUGAUGAACGAUUUGAAGGCUCUAAGAAUUGACACAGAAGGUGGUGACACAACAACAUUGGAAAAUUUGAAUAAACAAUUUAUAGAUUUUAAAUUGAGAUUGAAUUCCUCGGAAGAAGACCAUGAACUCCAUGCUGAAAUUGAUAGACUAGAGUCAAUGAUUAAACUUUAUCAAUUGAAGAUUAAACUUCAUCAAAGUUUUUUGGGCUGUUUCGCAAAUAUGAAGGAAUGCCGUGAUGAGUUGUGUAAAUUGAUGGCUGAACCCAAGGCUCUAAGAAUUGAUCCAAUAGGCUUCAAAGACAAACUGCAAGAUCUGUAUGAAAGAUAUAAAGGAUAUAAAUUGAUGUUCAACUCAUUGUUGCAGGAAUAUCAAAUCACUUAUCAUGAACGGUUCCAGGGAGAGAGUGAAUUUGAUGAUUUAGAGCCCUUGUUUCAAUUUGUUUUCGACACUGUGGAGAAGAAGUUGCGAAAGAUAUAGAGAAACUUGCACAAACCUAAAUAAAAUUUAUUUGGACAUACACAUAGAUGAUAAAAUUUAAAAGUGAAAUGAUAUUUAGUGAUGGACUAAAUUAUUUCCCUUUUAAAUUUUAUUAUUAAUGUGUGCGCCUAAAUACUUUUGAUUUGGAGUUGUGCCCAAAAAAAAGAGGGAUGUGAUAUGUAAUAUGUUGGUGAUGCAAUAUGAAGAAAGAUAAAGAGAUAAAAUAAGAUGUUGAAAUAUCAUUGUUGUUUUA